CAGUGGGUGUGGUGUGUCUACAAAUAGAUGUCCUUAGAGGUGCUGGCUGUCACAAUCCCACUUCCAGUCACCCACUUGGGUCUCAGCACCUCCAGCUAAACCUCCAGACCGAGCCCUUCACACCAGCCACCGCAACCAUGAGCAAGUCCUACUCGUCCUCCGCCCAGAACGCCUCAUCCUACCGCCGCACCUUCGGCACCGGCGUAGGCUCCUCUCCCAUGUCCUCCAUGUUCUCGUCUCUGGGAGGAGGCCGCAGCUCCAGCCACAUGUCCAGGGUCUAUGAAGUGAAGACGAUGGGAUCCCCGUCCCUCUCCAGCUACAGAAUGUCCUCUGGGGCAGGGGCUGGCAUCGGCUCCUCCAGCGCCCUCAGGACCUUCUCUGGGGAGAAAUUGGACUUCAACCUGGCCGACGCCAUGAACCAAGACUUCCUCAACACCAGGACCAAUGAGAAGGCCGAGCUGCAGCACCUCAACGACCGCUUCGCCAGCUACAUUGAGAAGGUGCGCUUCCUGGAGCAGCAGAACGCCGCCCUGACCGCAGAAGUGGAGAAGUUGAGGGUCAGGGAGGGGCCUGGGCGCGUGGCCGACAUGUAUGAGGAGGAGAUGAGGGAGCUGAGGAGGCAGAUCGAAGCAAUGGCCAAUCAGAGAGCCAGGGUGGAGGUGGAGAGAGACAACCUGGCUGACGACCUGCAGAAGCUCAAACUCAGACUGCAGGAGGAGAUUCAUCAGAAAGAAGAGGCUGAGAAUAACCUGUCUGCUUUCAGAGCUGAUGUGGAUAAUGCCACUCUGGCCAGACUGGACCUGGAGAGGCGCAUCGAGAGCCUGCAGGAGGAGAUCGCAUUCCUCAAGAAGAUCCACGAGGAGGAGAUCCGUGAGCUGCAGAGCCAGAUGCAGGAGACUCAGAUCCAGGUCCAGAUGGACAUGUCCAAACCCGAUCUGACCGCUGCUCUCAGGGACAUCAGAGUGCAGUACGAAGCCAUCGCUGCCAAGAACAUCGCAGAGGCUGAAGAGUGGUACAAGUCCAAGGUGUCUGACCUGAACCAGACUGUGAACAAGAACAACGACGCCCUGCGCCAGGCCAAGCAGGAGAGCAUGGAGUUCAGGCACCAGAUCCAGUCCUACACCUGUGAGAUCGACUCUCUCAAGGGCACUAACGAGUCUCUGCUGCGCCAGAUGAGGGACCUGGAGGACCGCAUGGGCCGUGAGGCCGGCACCUACCAGGAGACCAUCGGCCGCCUGGAGGGGGACAUCGCUAAGAUGAAGGACGACAUGGCUCGUCACCUGAGGGAGUACCAGGACCUGCUCAAUGUGAAGAUGGCCCUGGACAUCGAGAUCGCCACCUACAGGAAGCUGCUGGAAGGAGAGGAGACCAGGAUCACAACCACAUUGCCCAUGCAGACUGCCUACUCCUCCAUCGGCUUUAGAGAGACCAGCCCUGAGUCCCAGAAGCAGCGUUCCUCUGAGGUCCACUCCAAGAAGACUGUGCUCAUCAAGACCAUCGAGACCCGUGACGGAGAGGUGGUGAGCGAGUCCACACAGCACCAGCAGGACAUCAUGUAAACAAAACAAGAUGGCCCCCUACUAUACGCGCCGCAGUACGUCCACGAAAAGCCAAUAAAAAUGCAUCUUCCGCCCACGUCCGUUAAAAUCCUACUGCCGCACAGAACAGAGGCUAGAAUAAUCCCCCUAUGUAAAGAUGACAUAUUUACCAUUUAGGCUGUAGUCCAAGGCAGUUUAGCUCAAGAAACUGUAAGUGAAUGCAACCAGUAUGUACAAGAUGAGAAGCAGGAACAGUACUGAGAUAUGGUUUUUAAUAAGGGCAUUCCAAAAAUACUCUUCAAAGUUCUCUGUUUUUUUUUAGGUUUUUUUUUCCAAUAAAAAAAUAAAUAAAUAAAGCGUAUUGUUUUAUGUGAGGUAUGGAGAAAUGUAAACAUAGCAGAACCUUUUGUGCUAUUGUUAAGUGACUGAGUACAGAAUGUUAAGAUAUUGAAGAUUGACAUUGUCCGCUAAUGCUAAGCGGACUAGCAUGUGGUCUGUAUGUAACAGGGAGUCCAUGCUACGCUGCAUCACUGUGCCCCAGUUCAAAUAAAGAUGUUUGAUAAUA